AUGAACUUAAAAGAAGCAUCCUUCUUCAAGAUUAUACUCAGAGAUUCAGAUGACUUCAUUCCAUUGUCGUCUACAUUUACAAAGAAGUACAUGGAAAAGAGCAACGAGACACAAACCAUUGUCCUCAGAACAAACUCAUCUACCGCUGAAUGGAACGUCAAAUACUUGAAGAUCGAUGACAAAUAUUACUUCAUGGAUGGGUGGCUCAAGUUCAUGAAAGAUAAUGGUCUUCAAAUGGGGGACCUUCUUGUCUUUUGGCUUGUGUCUCAUUCACCAACAGUCUUUAACAUCUUUUUCUACGCACCCAAUUCAUGUCUCAAAAAUCCAUCUAGUUGUUCAUCUGGUAAUAUCGAUCCAGCAAUGCCAAAGGUUGGCCUUGGUUUAGGUGGUGAGGAGAAGGAAACUUCCAUUGAAGAAGUUCCAGCUUAUGAUGUUUCGCCAUUGACAAAUGUAUUCGAGAAAGCAACUGGAAUCGGUUGUUAUGAUACCUUGCUAUUGAAGAACAAAGAAGGAAAAAAGUGGAAAGUGGAAAUAAAAAAAUACAAGAAGAAAAAUCAAAUGUUGUACAUCACAAAAGGAUGGGCAAAGUUCAUGAAAGACAAUAAGGUGGAAAUUGGGGAUAGAUGUGAGUUUAAGCAUGUGGAAGGCAAGCUAAUUCGUGUUCAUGUGUUUAAGAAGAGAGGAAGACCUUUGGGCAAUAAGUCAAACAACGGUGAUUGA